UUUCGAAACGCAAGGAACUAGAGAAACCACGACCAGACCCAAGUCCACAAAAACCAAGUGAAAGUCGAAAAGUGUAUUGAAGUGAAAAUGAAUCUGCUCAUGGAUAGCCUGCCGUCGCACGCGAAUCCUGGCCAGCGUCGCUCCACGCCGCCUCAGCAUGCCGAGCUCAGGAUCUCGACAUCGUCGCCGCAGCAGCAACACCAAUCACCGCAUCUAAGUCAGACAACCAAUCUUAAUAACAACAAUGAGACGCCCACAUCGCCAGCCGGUGGAAAGACCACUCUGAAACGCGCCUUUGAUGUGGCCUUCCUGAUGAUGCCCGACGAGCGGAUCAAGCAAAAGCAGGCCGAGAAGCAGGCCCGUCUCCAGGAGGCACUGCAUCUUCAUCACCAUCAGCAGCAGCAGCAACAGCAGCAGCACCAGAUGAACCACUAUCCCACAGAUCUGUCUCCUCGAGGAGCAUCCUCGCAACCACCUUCGCCGGCGGCCUUGGAGUACAUCAGCCUGUUGGAGGCACGCCAGCGGUAUCCACAGAUCAGCAUCCGUUCGCCGCGGGUGUACGAUGAUCCCAGUGUGAUCAUACCCCUGGUGGAUUCACCUGAGGCACCCUUAACUUCUUCACCACCACCGCCGAUGCGUAGUGCUUUCACCAAGGUGGCCUCCUCGUCGCUGUCCACUGCAUCGUCAUCCCCGUCCACAACUUCCCGUUUGGAGUCACCCGUGGAUGUGGGAGCUCCUCCCCUGAGUCCCGAUCAGCUGAGCUGCCACUCGAUGAGUCCGCCAUUGGUAACGCCACCGCCCAGAACCAAUAGCGGUGGCCAGAAUCCGAAUCCCCUGCCCGCAAAUCCCAUUGUGUACCACAACUUCCGGCCGGAGUAUCAGUUCAAUGGAGCCUUCCAGGCGGUGAAUCCCAUGCAGGCGCUGCAGGCGCAGCAGCGACUCAAGCAGCAGUUGCUGUACACUCGUCCACCAGGACCAGGAAAUCCCAAUGGAGGCGGAGGUCCCAUGCCGGGUAAUUCCCCACCAGGUCCGCCGUCGGAGUUUCUGCAUGCUUAUCCGGGAUUUGCUCCACCACCGCAUCCUUUUGCAGUGGCUCAGCCUCUGCAGAAUCCCGCUGCUGCUGCCAUACUCUCCACGCUGAUUCCACCCACUUUGGCAUCCACUUUUACACUGACCGCCCAGAACGUGUGCGCCAAGUGCAACAUAAGUUUCCGGAUGACCAGCGAUCUGGUGUACCAUAUGCGAUCCCAUCACAAAAGCGAGGUGGCCUGCGAUCCGAAUCGCCGCAAGCGCGAGGAGAAGCUCCGGUGUCCCGUCUGCCAGGAGACCUUCAGGGAGCGGCACCAUCUAACGCGACACAUGACUGCCCACCAGGACAAGGCCAGCGAUCACCAGCCGCAGCUGGAGGACUCAUCCUCCUCCGCCGGCGACAACGAGAUCAUCAAUGUGGUCGGAGGCACACCGCCUGGUCGCCGAAUGGGCGGCAUGCCCAAAUGAUCGAAGCAUUUCUUCGGAUAUUUUUAAGACAUCUCCCCAAGACCCAUCACCCGUUCGUUGGUUUUCCUUGGUCUAGUCCGUAAUGCCCGUUUUCGAUUGUGAUAUUAAUUUUAGUUUUCCCCACGCUCCGAUUUCAUUUCCCUUAGCCUUAAAUGUAGUGCAAUUUGUAUCUUAAUUGUGUAACUGGA